GGCGGACGCUGGAAGGCUGUUCCUUACUCUAAUGUGCUUAGAUACUUGAAGCCACAAAAAGAUUUUCCCCCGAGGUUCCUCGUCUCCUGGCGAGAAGGCCUUUUCUUCUGCCUUGUGAAAUAACGGCGGCCUAGCUGGUGCCCAUGACCGGAAAGAAAGGUAGUGUCGCGGGCUGAAUACACCCAAAGGGUGCCGGCGCCGAAUCAGUUUCUAACGAGAACUUUUAAAACGAUUCGUUAUAGGAAAGGGUAGGAGCCGCGAGACCCUCUAACUGCCCAGGGAAAACAAGUCUUGUCCAGCAAAGUUCUUGGCUCAAGCGGUCCCCGGCCCAACGGUCCCUCGCCCCACGGUGCCGCAGCACAGCGCGUGCGCGAGCCGCUGUCAAACGCGCUGACGGAGGCCGAGAAAAAAAAAAGGCGGGAGCCGCCAAUCCCGGAUGGAGCAAAAUGGCGCGGGAGAAGGAGAUGCAGGAGUUCACCCGUAGCUUCUUCCGAGGCCGCCCGGACCUCAGCACGCUCACGCACUCCAUUGUGCGGCGGAGGUACUUGGCUCACUCGGGUCGCGACCACUUGGAGCCCGAGGACAAGCAAGCGCUGAAGCAGCUGGUGGAGGAGGAGCUGCUGAAGAUGCAGGUGGAUGAAGCUUCUUCCAGGGAAGUCAAACUGGACUUUACCAAGAAGGGCAAGAGGCCUCCCACCCCUUGUUGCGACCCGGAGAGGAAAAGGUCCCGCUUCAAUUCAGAGUCGGAGUCCGGCUCUGAAGCUUCCAGCCCAGACUACUUUGGACCCCCAGAAAAGAAUGGGGUGGCAACAGAAGUCAGCCCAGCCAAGGAGGAGAAUCCAAGGCGAGCCUCAAAGGAGGCAGUUGAGGAGAGCAGUGAUGAGGAACUUUGGAGAGACCUGCCCGCACAGAGGGGAGGAGAGGAAAGCAGUGAGGAGGAGGAAAAGGGAGAGAAGGGGAAGACUAGGAAGAAACUUGUGGCAAAGAAGCAGGCAUCAGGCAAGGUCUCAGUCGGUAGAAAGCAGGCCAGGGAAGAAAGUGAGGAGAUCGACGAAGAACCCGUUCAGAGGACAGCAAAGAAGGUGGAGAGAAGCAAAGGAGCUAAAAGCCUGAAGGAAAAGGAACAGAAGAGUGAAGAGGAGGGGGAGAUCCUAGCCAAGAAGAAAGAGCAUAGAGAGGAGGAAUCGGGGGAGGAAGAGAAAGAAGGGGAGGAGGAAAAGGAGAAAGAUUGGAAACCCAGAGUCAGGAGCAAUGGCAGGAGGUCAGGCAGGGAGGAGGGGAGCUGUAAGCAGAAAAGUCAGGCAAGGAUGCUCAUGGGAGACCCGGACAGCGAGGAAGAGGAGAAAAAGGCAGCAGGCAGUGGGGAUGACAGUGGGAAAGAAGAAGAACCCCUAGUGCAGAGAAAGAUCGAGGACAGGACCCAGCUUAAGGGUGGGAAGGGGUUGAAUGGAAGCAGCGAGGACGAGGAAGACAGUGGGAAGGGGGAACCCACAGCUAAAGGCACUAGAAAGAUGGCCAGACUGGGCAGCACCAGUGGUGAGGAGAGUGACUUGGAGAGGGAGGUGAGUGACAGCGAGGCAGGGGGAGGCCGCCAGGGGGAGAGGAAGAACAACUCUUCCAAGAAGAGCACCAGGAAAGGCAGGACAAGAAGCUCAUCUUCCUCCUCAGAUGGAAGUCCAGAGGCCAAAGGAGGGAAGGCUGGCUUAGGUCGCCGUGGAGAGGACCACCCGGCUGUGAUGAGGCUGAAGCGCUACAUUCGGGCCUGUGGUGCUCAUCGCAACUACAAGAAGCUGCUGGGCUCCUGUCGCUCACACAAGGAGCGCCUGAGUGUCCUCCGGGCAGAACUGGAAGCCCUAGGCAUGAAGGGUAAGCCUUCCCUAGAGAAGUGUCGAGCCCUGAAGGAACAGCGGGAAGAGGCCGCUGAGGUGGCUGCCUUGGAUGUUGCCAACAUCAUCAGUGGCUCAGGCCGGCCACGCAGACGUACGGCCUGGAACCCUUUAGGAGCAGCAGCCCCUCCAGGGGAGCUAUACCAACGGACCCUGAACUCAGAGGAAGAACGGCCCCGUCCUGCACCUCCAGACUGGUCACAUAUGCGUGGCAUCAUCAGCAGUGAUGGCGAGAGUAACUGAGCUCCACCCCUCCCAGGAGGGACCCUUGACACAAAUACAAAGCAUACAUAUCACCCUGUGUCUGCAGAGCAGAAGCAGCUUUCUUCAGAGAAGACUGCAGCCCCCAAGGACAUAAGCUGUUGGGAUGCUACUUCGCAGCUUCACCCUCUCCAUUUAAGGUGUUUAUUUUUUAAGACUCAAUAAAAGGAGUGUUUAUAGUCACCUCA